AGUGCGUUCUACUUUAUCUCCAGACAGAGAUCCUGUCAUUAUUGUUGAGCACAGUGUAUGAAGCCACGCGGCAUUUUGUGGUCAGCCGACCAUCGGGCAACCCGAUCUCGGACUCAUAGGCAAAAGCUUGCCAGUCCCGCGCUUCCGCUCUCUCCGACGUUUUCGGUCGAUCGAUCGAGACAGAGCCGAUGGCGUCGUCCCAGACGGGCAGGCGGAAAUCCACUAGAAAAGUCAUUGUGCUUCUGUUUUUUGUCGCCUCCAUCGGACUUUUUUUCCCGGCUUUCUCUCCCCUUCCUGCCGUCUCCUCCUCCAGACCUCAUCGUCACAGCAUUAAGAGUCCUGCUGAAAAGAAAAACUUGCAGGAUGAGGCUCCACGAUUUGAGAUUUUGCAUGACAAGUUCUGGAAGGAUAAUGAACCAUUCCAGAUUAUUGGUGGUGAUGUCCACUAUUUCCGUAUUCCUCCAGAGUAUUGGGAGGAUAGGCUUCUUAAGGCAAAGGCUAUGGGUUUGAAUACCAUUCAGACCUACAUACCAUGGAAUCUUCAUGAGCCACAACCGCAUCAGUUUGUGUUUGAUGGAAUAGCAAAUAUUGAAGCAUUUCUGAAUCUUGCAUACAGACUAGGGUUUCUUGUGAUGCUCCGUGCUGGACCUUAUAUAUGUGCAGAAUGGGAUCUUGGAGGCUUCCCUCUUUGGUUAUUAAAUGUGGAACCACCUAUCAGGUUGCGAUCAUCAGAUCAUGCAUAUCUUGUCUUUGUUGAGAAAUGGUGGAGCAUGCUGCUGCCCAAGAUUGUUCCCCUUCUGUAUAAUAAUGGUGGACCAGUAAUUAUGGUUCAGAUUGAAAAUGAAUAUGGAUCAUUUGGAGAUGACAAAUCGUAUCUUCACAGCUUAGUGAAGUUGGCUCGACAACACGUUGGUGAUGAUGUUAUUUUGUAUACAACUGAUGGUGGAACUAGAGAAACUCUUGACAAAGGAACUAUCAGAGGAGCUGAUGUCUUUUCUGCGGUAGAUUUUUCUACUGGCGAAAAUCCCUGGCCUAUAUUUGAGUUGCAGAAAAAAUAUAAUGCACCUGGAAAAUCACCUCCUCUUUCAUCGGAAUUUUACACUGGUUGGCUUACACAUUGGGGGGAAAAAAUGGCUAAAACUGAUGCAAAAUGGACAGCUGCUGCAUUAGAUAAUAUACUGUCCAGAAAUGCAUCUGUUGUUCUCUAUAUGGCUCAUGGUGGAACAAAUUUUGGCUUCUAUAGCGGUGCAAAUACUGGCCAGAUUUCUGCUGACUACAAACCAGACCUUACUUCUUAUGAUUACGAUGCUCCAAUACAAGAAUCUGGGGAUGUGGAUAAUCCAAAAUAUAAAGCACUGCGGAGUGUAAUCAAAAGGUACAGCAGGUAUCAGCUUCCCCCUGUUCCUGCUAAUAAUGUGAAGAAAGCAUAUGGACGUGUCAAAAUGGAGAGAGUCACAUCAUUGUUUGGGGUGCUGAACAUGGUCUCUGAGCCAAAGGAUGGGGCACAAUCUGAUCAACCAGUUCCAAUGGAAUCAUUUGGUAAGGUGCUUGGCUUCUGUUUGUAUGUAUCAAAUUUUCAACCCAAGGAAAGGCCCAUUAUUCUUUCAAUACCAAAGGUUCAUGACAGAGCUCAAAUAUUUAUGUUAUGCCAGACAACUGGUUAUGCAAGUGGCCCAGCAUAUGUUGGCACCAUAGAAAGAUGGCUGAAUAGAAAUAUCACCCUUCCACAUAUCACUUGCAGUUCUAGUGUCAGCUUGUUUAUUCUGGUGGAGAACAUGGGUCGGGUGAAUUAUGGACAGUUCUUAUAUGACAAAAAGGGAAUCUUGUCAUCUGUUCUGUUGGAUGGUUCUCCUUUACGUGGUUGGAAGAUAUUUCCUAUUUCGUUUGAUCACAUAACUAAUAUUUUAUUCACCAAUCCUAUAGCACACAUUGCACACCCACUUGUUCGGAAAUCAAACAAAAUGGUUCUCAAAGAAACAGAAGAUGAUCCCUUGAAAGGUCCAGCAUUUCAUGUUGGCCAGUUUGUUAUAAAUGAAACAGAUCAAGUGAAAGAUACGUACAUAUCAUUUAGAGGAUGGAGCAAAGGUGUUUGUUUUGUUAAUGGUUUUAAUCUUGGAAGAUAUUGGCCGUCUGUUGGACCUCAAUGCAGCCUCUAUGUUCCAGCUCCAAUCCUGAAGCAUGGAGAAAACACUGUGGUGUUGCUGGAGCUUGAGCAAGCCAAUCUUGAGCAUGUGAUCACCUUCGUCAGUGGACCUGAUUUUACUUGUGGACCAACUCGUGCAACAUCUACAACCUAGCUUGCGCUAUAUGUGAGACGGACGCACUUGUGUUGCGUAUCUAAGUUAUCCUGUUUCACAUUGAAAUUGAGUCAUGAGAACCGCACUGCGAUUGCCAAACAUGGUUACAAAUAUUAUUCUUAGCGACCUUUUUAGCAGUGCAAGACAUUUUCUUUUUU